AUGUUGUUGGCUGUAGUAGGUAUCUUUGCAGGAAUUGGAUGUCCUUUAACUGAUGCAGUCAAUCUAUCACUGGUAAAGAAUCACUGUGCCAGUCAAGUAAACUUGAUUUAUGUAGAAAUCGUAAAACGUUUCCUCCAGGAUGAAGAAUAUUUGACCGGAAUAGAGACAGACGACAUUCAGGAUGGAAUAGGAUUCACGCUGCAUUGUUUUUUGAAUGGGAUUGAGAAACCGUUGGUGUUAUACACGUAUGAAGAAUUUCGACAGAUUCGUCGUAGCUCCAUAAACACCCAGGAUGACACCAACGGGUAUUCGCCACUAGAAGGAUUCCUAAGUCGAGGAAAGUACGAAACAUUCAUCCAAUCACUGAUUCCCAGUGUGGCCCAGUGGAAUCCUUUGGGUAAACUAAUCCUAAGCGGAAGAUACAUCACUAGACAGCAAAUUUUGUACAUGUUCCGACUGGCUUGGGUUCAAUACAGAAUGCCUAAUGUGCUGUUUGUCAACCGAAUCGAUAAUGCAUCCAUCGAAUCGUGCUUGUUUAAUCCGUUCCUAACGAACCCGGGAGUAAUUGAUACCCGGAAUGUGGACUGUCACACUGUACGAUCACUGGAGGAAGUAGUACCGUACGUGCAGUACGCUAAAAUUUAUCUCUUCGAACGAUUCCGAAAUCUUCAACUGUAUCCCUUGCGAAUCGCAAUUGCGGAUGUUGAGCUCAUGUCGCAGGCUGUGUACUCUAAAGACAAAAAACUACUUCGAUUUGAAUAUCUCGACGGAGAGAUCGUCGAUAUAAUGAAGCGAAUGAUGAAUUUUACGACGAACUUCGUCAUCCUUCCGAGUCAGCUGUCGACCGGAUUCGUGUUUCCAAACGGUUCCUUAGGAGGCUCUCUGGAUCUGAUCGAACGGCACCGAAUUGAUCUGGCCGCUAACACACGAAUCAUACAUAGUUAUCAGACCACAAAUUUGCAGUAUCUGCGGCAUCUGAUGACAACGAAGUUGGUGUUUAUUGUACCGAAGAAUUACUACGAAUCUCGGAGUCGUGACCGCGUGUUCUUUAACACUUUUACGUGGUGGUUCUACGCAAUCAACAUCAGCAUGGCAGUUGCGUUACCCUUGAUACUGAAGAUGGUCGAUUUGAACUCAACUGGCGCAGGAAAGGAUUCCUAUAUGGAAGCUAUGAUGAACACCCUUGCAAUAACCUUGGCAGUUUCAGCGAAGCUACCGAAACGAUUCCACGCUCGAGCGGUUCUCUGCGGAGUUAUGCUCUACAGUAUGGUUUCCUAUUCGAUCUGGCAGGCAAUCAUAAUCAAACGGCUUAACUCGAACAGUGACUUCCUGGAUGAUAUUCAAGGUUUAACUGAACUGUUGGAUAGCAAUCUUCAACCGAUCAUACCGGUAGCCUAUGGCGAGUUCAUUCGACCUAGCGAGAAGGACUACUUUGCAAUGGACGGUUUACACCAGAAACUGUACCAGAAGGCAACGGUGGCGAACAAUAACGUCACCGGUGCUAUGUUGAUAGUUGAUAUGUUGAAGCAACGUUCAUCGGCCGUACUGAUCCACGAUAUCCGGUCGGAUGCCGUCAAGGCACGAUUCUACGACGAGCAGCAUCAGCAAAGUUCCGUUCACGUGAUUAACGAGUACGUUUUUGAGUUCUACACGGCGAUGGCACUGCCGAAGGAUUCGCCCUUUCUGGAACAGCUCAAUGGCAUAACGACUCGCUGCGUGGAGACAGGCAUCGUUGCCAAUCAGCUAUCGAAGAUUCUGUUCAAGGGAAAGCUUUAUCAGAUUGCGAAGAAUAGGAACAGUAGCCUGGCUGGGAUUGAUGGUAGCGGUGCCACACGAUUCGAAUUGCGCGUUUGGAGGUAUGUGUUCUAUUGCUAUUUCGGGCUGAAUGCCCUCGCGCUGGUGGUGUUCUUGGGAGAGCUGAUCGUACACGGGGUGUCGUUGCGGAGGAAGGUGUAUCUGCGGCGGCGAAAAGUGGAGAAUGUUAGACGGACCGAACCUUUUGCAAGGGUUCAACGUGUCAAAGGUGUGAAGUGGGCACCUCACGUCUAUUGGGACAAAUAAACAUAAGAAUAAAAGUGGAAUAUGUACAUGGGCAUUAUAUUUAAUUUUUACAUUGAUUAAAGAGACAUUAUUUUGUAUGCAUCAACAAAGCCCCUCGACCUCAAGUCACCAAUUUAAACUCCCCUAGAAUAGCUCCGAUGCUUCUCAGCGUACCGUAAGAGGCUUACGAUUACAAUCCAAAUGAAAAAUGAACGGAACUCCAUUGUAUAGUCGCGCGUACACCGUACAGUCUCCUGUUCCACGACACCGAAACUGCGCCGCGGUGACCCGUGACCGGUGUUUUUGACGAAUGAAGCAUGCGAAUGAGUCAUUCGUUAUCUGACCACCACAAUCAACACAAUGUGCGGGACUCGAGUGCGGUGUGUUUGCUGCUUGACCGUGGCUUUGACUGCCGCCUGACUGCAUUCUUCGUCUCCAUCGUUCGUCGGUAGUCACUAGCCGGAAAGGUUGAGUAAUGAAGUAAUUGAAAGACU